CCUACGUUCGCUGCGGUGUUGACCAGUGAUGUCUCACAUCGGCUCCGUGGCAACGGGAGUCCUGCUUAUAAAGCCUUGUCGUCGGGGAAACCCUGGCAGAGCCUGCGACAGGAGUCACAGAAUGUGGACUUGAGACAUGCGUAGCAUAACGAGGGUGCCCCUGACACUGCCCUUCACCAUGGACAGAGAUGACGGGCAAAGAAACAAGAACCUUGGAAAGAACUUUAUGUGUCGUCUGCAGUGUAUGUUCUCCCAUUCAUCAACCUCUGAGAGCAGGCUAAGUUUAGAAGAUACCCAACAAUGGUCACAGUCACUGGAGAGGCUGUUGGAUUCUAAAUAUGGACUGGCGACCUUCAGGACUUUUCUCAAGUCUGAAUUUAGCGAUGAAAACAUCGAGUUCUGGCUGACAUGCGAGGAAUACAAGAAAAUCAAAUCCUCAUUCAAAAUGUCUUCCAAGGCGAAGAAAAUCUACGAACAGUUCAUCAAGGCGGAAUCUCCAAAAGAGAUCAACAUCGACCACCACACUCGAGAGCAGAUCAAGAGAAGUGUGAAGACUCCCGCGCUGUGCUGCUUCGACGACGCCCAGAAGAUCGUCUACGGCCUGAUGGAGAGAGACUCGUACCCGCGGUUCCUGCGCUCGGACAUUUACAGAAGCCUCCUGGAGUCCCUCGCCGCCGACGCCGUCAAGGGAUGAGAGCAGAGAGAGGAACGGAACGAACAUGAAAACUCAUAACUGGAACGCUUGGGCUUUGUGGGGAAGGGACGGCCCAUGGAUGGCUGGCCUGGUGUGGGGAAGGCGUGGAGGGGAAGGGAGGGCCCAUGGAUGGCUGGCCUGGGGAAGGCGGAAAGGGGAAGGGACGGCCCAUGGAUGGCUGGCCUGGUGUGGGGAAGGCGGAGAGGGGAAGAGAGGGCCCAUGGAUGGCUGGCCUGGCGUGGGGUAGGCGGAGAGGGGAAGAGAGGGCCCAUGGAUGGCUGGCCUGGCGUGGGGAAGGCGGAGAGGGGAAGAGAGGGUCCAUGGAUGGCUUUGUGUGGGGAAGGCGGAGAAACCUGUGUCCUUACCUGUCCAGCACCACGGUCCCCACAAUCAGAAAGGACCACAACCUCAGAGCGUCUGCUGGCAGGCCAGCGGAGAAAGGAGAACAUUGUUGUGCUAUAAUUCCUCCUCUGGUGUGUUUGUACAGGAUGAUAAGUUUCGAUGCAAAGCGAACAUGGUUGACCGGCCAUGAAUCAUCAGAGCAUUGAGACAGCCAUGACACAAUGUCAGUUAACACACUGUCUCCUCUGGAGGAUGUGUUUCCUUGCUCAGAUAAGGACACAGGAUGUUAGUGGAAAUGGCUACAAUCUAUGUGUGUGUGUGUGCUUGUAUGUGUGUGCGUGUGUAGGUGUGUGUGUGUAUGUGUGUGUGUGUGUGUGUGUGUGUGUGUGUGUGUGUGUGUGUGUGUGUGUGUGUGUGUGUGUGUGUGUGUGUGUGUGUGUGUGUGUGUGUGUGUGUGAAAGAGAGAGUGAGACACAGAGAGAGAGAGCCUGAGAGAGAGAAGAAAAAGCACACAUAAGUAUAGCUAUCAAGCUCGGGCCACAGGAUGGAUAUGUUUUCUUUUUUUUCUUUUGUACGGCCUUCUCCGUGGGGUUAGAUGAAUGAGAGAGAGCAGCUAGAAUGCAUUGUGGCACGGGCAGCAAAGUACAACAGCUCUUCUAAGGAGUGUUAUUCACACCCUCAAGACAUACGACUUCUUCCACCGAUAGCUAGCCGUUGUGAGACGUAAUGACAUGUUUUGGGUGCAAGUCUUGAGAAUAGAACAGUGCCAGUGUUUCACUUUGUAUGCUUACCUUGCAAUUUUGCUUUUUGGAUUCUUUCUUUCGAAAGACACUUUCCUGUUGCUCACAGAACAUGCACAAUUUAAAUGGGUUAUCUAGCAGAGUUGAUCUGAACUGUUUUAAAUUGUAUUUAUUUAUUAUCACAGCCACUGUUGCAAUGCUGACUUUUGCAGUGUAAAUAUUUUCAUGAUUAGGAAUUAAAUUAUUAAAUCAUUUGGA